AUGGUCAGGCGAACACGAUGCUCCGAAGAGAAGCAUUGGGUCCGAAUCAAGCCACAUAGAUCACUUGGAGAGGCGGACUUCAUCCUCAAUACCAAGAAUAAACCUGCCAUUAACCGGAGAGCAAGCAAGCGCUUGCUUUUCGGCCGUUGGUUCAGCCCGGCUGAGAAGGGGUCCCUCAUUUAA